AAAUACUCAUAUUCUCAGUUCACAUGAGCAAGGAGACGCCAUUGAUUCUGACGCGACUGAGUGAGAAUUAGAGAUUAGAGAUACCCGAAAUGCUGAGAAGAAACCCCACCAAGAUCCAACUCCAAGUCGAAGACAAAGACGAACUCGAGGAAGCCCGUAAACACACGGCCGCCAACGCCACCACCACAACAAACGCUACCACCACCGCUACUCUCCUCCACCAAAUCGAUCGCCGCCCCAAAGACCCAUCCAUCGCCCACCGCCUUGGCCUUUCCUCCCAAUAAAAGACCUCAAAUCCUCCCUACAUAUAUAUAGAUACCCCUAUAAAUAAAUAUUCUUCUUCUUCUUCUUCCUUUUUUUUCUCUAGCUUCUUGGGAAUCAAAGAAGCGACUCAUCAUGGAGGUGGAGGUUAAACUGCGGCUUCCUGACGCGGAGGCCCACCGUCGCGUCACCGAUGUUCUGGCCCCAUUCCACGUCAGCACCCACCGCCAGGAGAAUUGCUUCUUCGACGGCUCGGCCGGCGAGAUCUCGGCGAGCCGAGCCACCCUCCGCCUCAGAUUCUACGACAACAACCAGCGCUGCGUCGUGACUCUCAAGGCCAAGGCGGUGCUCGUUGACGGUGUGAGCCGCGUGGAGGAGGACGAGGAGGAACUGGAGCCGCCGAUCGGACGCGACUGCGUGGCGGAGCCGGGGAGGCUGAAGGACGUGGAAUCGAGGGUUUUGGGGAGGGCGAGGGAGGAGUUUAGGCCACUAGGGUUUGUGGGGCUGGGAGGGUUUGAAAAUGUGAGGCGAGUGUACGAGUGGAAGGGGCUGAAACUGGAGUUGGACGAGACUGAUUUUGGGUUUGGGACUUUGUAUGAGAUUGAAUGUGAGAGCGCUAAUCCCGAGGACGCCAAGCAACUGCUAGAGGAGUUUCUUAAGGGCAACGGCAUCCCCUAUUCCUACUCGGAGAAAUCCAAAUUCGCCAUUUUCCGCUCCGGAAAGCUGCCGUAGUUAUCCUGGACAAUGAUUAUCGGACGCCAUUGAUGUGAAAGGUGUCCUGUCAUGGUGUUGACGCAAAGGUUAUAGUCAGAUUCCCUUAUCAUCUUACUACCAAAUGUGGUGUCCCUCCCGUAUAAACCUCUUAAGUUUGCAAGAAGGCCAUUUUUUUUUCUUAUGUCAAACUACUACUAUCUUAUAAACCUCUUGAGCAAAUUUACCAACUUUCUUUGUUU